AUGGAGCCCAAUUCCCUGGGCGCGAGACAGUCAACCACAUGUUCAACCCGCCAACGAAGAUACUAUGAUAGAAAUUUCACUGGUUGUUCGACCUGCAAAGCGAGGCAUGUCAAAUGUGAUGAAGCAGCACCUGCCUGUCGCAACUGCAUAAAAAGGGGUUUGCACUGCGAUGGUGCCCAGAAUGAAAUACUCUACAAAUUCGUUGACCCCAGCCAGGGGGCGUCCAGUUUUGUAAAGAGACAGCAUAAAGGUUUUAGAAGGGAAACGGCCAAAAACCACGGUGUCUCCAGCUCACACCCAUUGCCAUAUAAGGACCCAACUUCCUCCUGUCUACGUUCCGUGGAUUUACAAAGUGGGAUCCACGCUUCGACGGAAUCUCUUGCCAUGGACAAUCCCACCACUAGUGUCAGUCCCAGCGAUGGCCCGUACUUGAUUGACAAAGCUGAUCGCUACUAUCCGGAUAUCCGUGGUGAUGUAUGUGGCGAUGAAGACGAAGAUGUACCCUUGGCUUUCAUAGUUUUCAUCUCAGAGCCUGUACUUCAAGAGCGGCUGGAGUAUCUGAAGACUCAUACUUUUUGUCUAAGAAAUAUCCUUCGCGCAUUCUCCGAGAAUAGAGUUGAUGGACCUCUGGCAUUACCAUACGCGCUCUGUCUGAUAAAAAUUCUUCGACAACAGGCAGGGGAACCAUUAUCUGUGAAGAGAUUGGAGGAUACCAUCCACUUGCUCUCCACACAAUUGAGAGGGCUGCUGUCAACACAUCUGUUAUAUACCCAUCGAGAUCGCAUAAGUCGUGUAUCACUUCUAUUACAACGACCGGUGUUCUACAAGCGUCCACACUUGCCGGGAGAUCUCUGGCAACUGAGCACUGUUUCGGGUUUCAGCCUGGAUGGCCUAACUGUGACAUUGCUCCUUAGUAAUUAUCACACUUUCAAAGUGCCUGAUGAGAUUUGGAAUGGGUCCAACUCCUUGGCUUCGGGUAUUGCUGAUGCGGCCGUGAUGUUUGGCGUUGGUUAA